AUGGAUGCACCGGAUGAUAGAGACAUAAAGCUUCAGCGAGCAUCUGCGGAGCUGUUGAUAGAGUUCAAGGAGAAACUAACCCCGCUGUUAUGGAAGCAAACUACUGGUGGUCAGUCCAAGCGUAUAGUUCACAGGUGGUCUCAGCCUCAGAAAGAGGCUCGGCUGAUUGAUAUCCUGGAACGAUUCCAAGAAUGGCCCCAGCUGCUCGAUCCUCACUUGCAAAAUUUCCUGCCUCAGCUGGUUGACGCCUACCUGGCCUAUUUGACUCAAUAUCGACAUCUCUAUGGCUCUAAGGAAGGUAAAGCGCCGUCUUCUACCCGGAUAGUGCCUCUCCCCAGAUCUAUCUGUAGAAUCCUGUAUACUUUCUGCAAAGUCAGGGGGUUCAAAGUAAUUAGCCGCUUUCUGAACAAUGAGCCGAAGUUUCUGGACAUCAUGCUCCGAGCGUUCAUUGCCUGGGAUUCUAUAGUUCCGGAUGAUCCACAGGCUGUGUCAGGGACUGGGAUCAUGAUCCUGCCACUCAUCUGGGAGGAACGGUAUAUCAUGCUAUUAUGGUUGUCUCAUCUGUUACUGGCUCCAUUCGAUUUGACAUCCUUGUCGUCUGAUGACAUUGAAAUUCCACAUCAAGACUUGGCCAUCUUAAAGUCGAUUCCUCCGAAAGUUCCUAAAAUUGCUCAUACCAUUUUGUCUAUCGCGACUCAAUAUGUUGUUGCUGCUGGAAAGGAAAGAGAAGCAGCAACGAUCCUCCUAGCUAGACUAGCUCUACGCCUGGAUAUGCAACGACUUGGCCUUUUGCAAACUCUUAUGGACUGGGCUCUCUCUGUCCUUCAGCCACAUCCCGGAAAUGACACACCCCCACCUGCCUACACUUGCAUUGGCGUCUUAUCAUUUCUCGCCAGACUGGGUGCUUCAGGCCAAGCAGAGGACCUCGAGUCAAUAAUUGGUAAUCUAUUUGACAAAAUGCUUCAUAUUGCUCAAGCAGAGUCAGCCUUUUACACAAAUAUCAGAUCUUCAGCUUCCGCGCGGAAAAUGAUCAUCAAAAUUUUUCGUGCUUCUGCGACUGUUGCCUUGACUCUGACAGAAAGAGGUAGCCAAAAGAUAUCUGAGGAGAAAGUUUCAUUCAUCCUCGAGGAAUCAAUUGAUUACUUUCUUGUAGCACUUGCUGAUAAAGAUAUGCCCGUCAGGUUUGCGGCCAGCAAAGCUCUUGCAGUAGUGACGUUGAAACUGGAUCCAGAGAUGGGAGCUGACAUCGUUGACGCGGUAACUGGCUCACUUGACGAGAAUAUCUUGUACGAGAAGAAGGAUGGAACCUUAAUAACGCCGUUUGAAGCACAGGCACUGGGAUUGAGUACAUUGAAACGCAACCUAAGCGCUGUCGAUCCACACCGCUGGCAAGGUCUGCUUCUUACUCUGGCACAUUUGUUAUUUCGAAAAGCACCACCCCUCCGUCAAAUGCCGGACAUUUUGCAGGCUCUCAUAUCUGGGCUGGGUUUUGAACAACGGUCUACCACUGGAACUUCCGUUGGUACUGGCGUGCGAGAUGCAGCCUGCUUCGGCCUAUGGGCGGUGUCACGCAAAUACACCACAAAGGAAUUGCUCUCGCUUGACACGAGCUCGGUAAAAGCCCCUACAGACCAGAAAGGGGGAGAUAUUUUACAGAUGAUUGCUAUUGAGCUUGUGUGUGCUGCCUGUGUAGAUCCAUCAGGGAACAUUCGUCGCGGGGCCUCGGCUGCUUUACAAGAGUUGAUCGGUCGACAUCCAAACACUAUUGUUGAAGGCAUUCCCUUGGUCCAGGUCGUCGAUUACCAUGCGGUGGCUCGGCGUUCUAGGGCCAUGAUAGAAGUCGCGAAAGGCGCUGCUCUUCUCGAUAGCGGUUACUGGAGUCCCCUCGUCAACUCUUUACUCUUUUGGAGGGGCAUCGGGUCCUCAGAUCCAGAAUCUCGGCGGACUGCAGCUAUUGCUCUAGGAGAGCUAAGCUCGCAGCAUUCCUUCAGUUCCCUUAACAUAGUUCUUCAAAACCUACAAUUGCGGCUGUCAAGCAUUGCACCAAAGGAUAUUGAAACCAAACAUGGUUGUCUCCUAGCACUUGCUGCGACCAUAGACGCGUUCAUUCGUGAAAUCGAAAUCAACCCGCAGCAUGAAGAUGCUCAGAUAGCCAAGAAGGAAAUAUCAAAACUCUGGGAGAUCUUUGAUUCAUCUCAUGGGCCGACUAAAGAUGACCUUACCCAACAAUCUCUCCGACCGGAGUUUACAGCUGAAGCAUCAUCUCGUCUUAUUGCUUCUCUUGCACGUGCAUCAGGGACCGUGUUACAGAAUGAGACUGUGCCCGAAGUACUUAUUACCAAGGUAGUAGACGUUCUGCUACUAUGUGUGUUCCGUGGCGAGGACACGGCAAUUGAGGCAUCAUCGGAAGCUGCCUCGCAACUUUUCCGAAUCGUCCCAUCGUGGAAACAGGAAGAGACAAUCCAAGGCUGGUUUGCGAACAUUCACGCCAGUUGGAAGUCUGCGACUGGGCGUGGCCAGAUUUCCGCGCUGGGCGCUGUGUUUCAUCGCCUGCCUGCUGAUAGCGAGAUACGACAGUUUAUCACCAAAGAAUUGAUUCUUUGCACCCGGGACGAAGAGUUUAUUGAAAAGAGAGUUUCUGCUGUUAGAUGCUUGUCGAACGGUGUACUGCCGCAUAUAGAUAUUACAAAUGAUAUUGUUGAUCUCUAUGUCGGGUUUCUGACAGACUAUACGACGGAUCGCCGGGGAGAUAUUGGAUCAUUCAUUCGCAUUGAAGCAAUCCAAGCCGUGCAAGCAAUAUUUGAGAAGAGACUGGACGACUCGCAGCAAGAACACACAGAGCGUUUAUUGAGAUGUCUGUGCAGGUUGGCCGCAGAGAAACUAGACAAAGUGCGAUUUCAAGCAUGGACUUGCCUGCAACACUACUGGGAGCAUGCAUCAGACUUGCCAUUGCUUGCAAGCAAAUUUGAACAUUUCAGUCAAGUUUCAUCCGCACAAUACUUUCACCAACUCCUCAAACUUCUACAUCUCAAGACCCUCCGACAAGGUCUUGUACAAGGCCUGAUCACAUCAGCCAGUGCAGGAUUAGAGGGCCUCAUCCAGUCUUCUCGCUUUGCACUGCUACACUUUAUCGAAAGUCAAAAUGAAGACAAGUUCGCAUGGGUCGACACUUUGAUUGAAGAGCUGGUAGCUAUUCUUGAAGCCAACCUUUCGGAUGACCGAUAUGCGAUUCCGGCAAUGGAAGUCGCUUCUUUCCUACUAGAUACAUAUGUAUCUGGCUCAGGUCUUGAGCUAAAGAAAACGAGCCUAAGAAAGCUAUUCAUUCUCGUGCAAAAAGCCCACUUCAAAUCAUCUAAUAUCCCCCGUAUGGAGACAGCUGUCAAAAUAUAUUCGGCUCUUUCACGUAUACCGACGCUACAAGUCGAGGUAUUUAAAAAGAUGACAUCGAUGCUGCUACAUCCAUAUCCAAAGGUCCGCAUCGCUGUCUCCGACUCGCUAUAUACAGAGACAAAAUCCGAUCUGAUCAGGGAUGAAGACUGGACGGCACCGCCAAAGCAAUUCAAAAUUACGGUUGAGAGGCUACGAGAAGAAUUAAAAGUAAAUUAG